AUUCUGAGCCAGCCUUUAUAUAGUCCUAAAAACUCUUAGUUUUCACCUACGAGUUCACCUACGAGGACUAAGUUGAAGAGAGCUGACUGGAUUUACUUCAAGAGCCUUUUUCAAGAAGAUAUAGACAACCACAAACAAAGAGAGCAAUGAACACCCCUAGUGAAUUAGAGAGAAUGGAGCAAAACACAAAUGUGGUCACUAAAGACACACUCAUCCCAGUUGUCAGAAUGUUCCUGGAUCAGCUGACGGUGGGAAAGUGGCAAAAACUGGAGACAGGGUGUAUCGACAAGGAGACAAGUACUAUCCUAACAGAAAUGUGUUUGGAUAUAAUUGAAGUAAUAGCCAAAUCUAUGCUAGAGAUGUUUAGGAACAGACAAACAAAGAAGGAUUCAUCAAGAUCUGCAGGAUCACAGACGAGCCCCGUUGUUUCAGAGGAGGAAGUGUGCAAGUGUCUGGGUAAUCUGGGUGAUGUUAUCACACAGACUGUGGCGGAGGUGAAAGAUGUAGGGGACAUCCAGUACUCAGGAACAAAGGAGAUGACAGAGCUCAUAGUUGCAGGGGUCACAGAGAGAGUCAACUCUGAACUCUCUAAAAGUUGUAGUGAAGAAAAUGUUGAGGAACAUACUACUGACCCUGGUUUGACAAAGAACAUGGCCGUACAUUUAAAAAAGAUCCUACAGAGAUGUGCAAAAAAGAUGUCGAAGUUGCUUCGGAAAAAGAAGACUCGGCAGGAAAAGGAGGAUAUUAAACCAGACAGUGUUCGGACUGAGGUCAACAGUUUCAUGUCAUCUGUUAGUGAAGUCAAAAACAUCUUGGAGGAACAAUGGGGACAGAUGACUGUUUUUGACAAAGAAAGUCUUAUUUCAGAGGAAGAAACAAAGCUACUUCUUUCCAGAUCAUCCAAGGAUUCAGGAGAAUUAGCAAUUGAGAUUGUUGAAAUAUUAAAAUCUGACUUCCAACAGGAUGUGGUUGGCACACCUGGUAAAGAGAGCAAAUCAGAGAUGGCACAAACCAAAAGAUCACUCAGAAUAACGCUUUGCAGCAAAAUCAAGGCUCUCUUUGUCCGCAAAUUCGCCAGGGAGGCAAUCCUGAAGAUGAUGACAAAACUUAGGAGCAAGCAUACCUGCAGUCAAAGAGACAUGGACAAGGAAUCAUCAGUAGAGAUGCUUAUUGAUAGUGUUGAUGACCUAGUGAAAGAAAUGAUCCCACAAGCAGACCAGCAUACAGGAAGUGGUUCCAAAGAGAUUUGCCUGUAUGAGAGACUUGCCAGCGACAUUUCCAGCGGCAAUCAUGAAAGUGUUGCUGAGAAGCUAAGUGAUACACUGACAGAUCUCCUGUUAAUUGAAGAGGAUAAGUCUCAGGUGGAGAUUCGGACCGAAGUAGACAGUUUCAUGAAGCGGAUGAGGAUCUGGCUAAAUCAGCAGGUAAAACAGUGUAAGACAAAGAUGGACAAUGUGAGCAUGGCUGUGAGACAGAUAAAGAAAGUUGUGAGUAUUCAGCCAGAAGACACAAGUGCUCAAGGAGCAGAUAAGGAGACUUUACACCAAAGCCCCACACCUGAGUGUGAUGCAAGCCAAGAGUCCACACCUAUGCGUAAGGCAAUGAAAAAGUCCAAAGCUGAGCGUAACACAUCACAUACAUCGACCCCUGAGCCUGAAACAUCACCAACAAACACACCUGAUUGGGUACUGCGCCUAAGAAACACACCUGCAGUAUGCCAAACAUCCACACCGGAGCCUGAAACAUCACUAACAAAGACACCUGAUUGGGUACUGCGCCUAAGAAACAAACAUUCAUCUGCAGUAUGCCAAACAUCCACACCUGUGCGUGAAACAUCACCAACAAACACACCUGAUUGGGUACUGCGCCUAAGAAACACACCUGCAGUAUGCCAAACAUCCACACCGGAGCCUGAAACAUCACUAACAAACACACCUGAUUGGGUACUGCGCCUAAGAAACAAACAUUCAUCUGCAGUAUGCCAAACAUCCAUACCUGAGCGUGAAACAUCAACAACAAACACACCUGAUUGGGUACUGCGCCUAAGAAACAAACAUUCAUCCGCAGUAUGCCAAACAUCGACCCCUGAGCCUGAAACAUCACUAACAAACACACCUGAUUGGGUACUGCGCCUAAGAAACGCACCUGCAGUAUGCCAAACAUCCACACCGGAGCCUGAAACAUCACCAAUAAACACACCUGAUUGGGUACUGCGCCUAAGAAACAAACAUUUAUCUGCAGUAUGCCAAACAUCCACACCCGAGCGUGAAACAUCACCAACAAACACACCUGAUUGGGUAACGCGCCUAAGAAACAAACAUUCAUCUGCAGAAUGCUCAACAUCAACCCCUGAGCCUGAAACAUCACCAAUAAACACACCUGAUUGGGUACUGCGCCUAAGAAACAAACAUUCAUCUGCAGUAUGGCAAACAUCCACACCUGAGCGUGAAACAUCACCAAUAAACACACCUGAUUGGGUACUGCGCCUAAGAAAUACACCUGCAGUAUGCCAAAUAACCACACCUGAGCAUGUAGUACGCCAAAGAUGCACACCUGAGUGUUCAGCACACCAAAGAUCCACACCUGAGCCAAAAUCUAGCCAAAGAUCCCCCCAAAUCCAAGAGUGGGACCAACUGACCUGUGAAAUUGUUGUGUCACAGCUGUUACGCGAGCUCAUGAAAGAUCUCCCCAUCGAUCAGUCCCACAGCGCCUACAGAACCAUCCUAGUCACUUUGAGAGACAUGCUCUUGGAAGAGUUAAUUGACUUACCCAUCGAUGUGGAUUUAAGUGCAACAAACAUAGAGAAAAUAUGCAAGAAAGUUGUCAAGACCCUGCACAAAGAUAUUGGUAAUGGGUUGCUUUGGAGGGGCCUGCUGUUACAGGAUCAGUCAGUUAAAAAGCGGACGAUAGGAGCUCUGAGGUUGCAUCUUAUAGCAAAAAGGCCCAGCGGCAUCAAAAGGUUUUUCCACUCUAUGUUCAGGCCAUUCACUUCCCUCUUUAAAAAGAACUAGGAAGCCAUCGUCAACCCCAGGGUGGGUGGGUGGGACAGAUCUUUUCCACAGCUGUCAUUUAGCUUGAUUUUAGGUCCAUUUCAGGAGUACAUGUGAGCCCGCAUGUACUCCUGAAAUGGUACGGGUUUACUCCGAGUACUUCGGUUUCCUCCCACAGUAACAUCAAAUGUAAAAAAAUAAAGAAAUAAAAAGAAAAAAA